ACGAUCCGACGACCAUCGCCAGUUGAUAAGAUCUAUCUGAUCGUCACAGCGUCAAUAAACCGGAGCGAUACAGUGCCUUCUGUGCCAGGCCGAUGUUUCCGUGGCAAAGCGAGACGCCUGCAGCCAGCACUCCAGCCAGCGGUCGAGUCGCAUCGUCUACGUCUUCCUCGACCUUUCAGGUGCCGCAGCUGCGAUGGCUGCCGUCGGCCAUGUCGCGGUCCCAACAACCCCAGAGUCAAGCGCAGAGCAACAGCAGCUCUCAUAGCAACAGCCACAAAAAUGCGCAUCCAGCUCAGGCUCACACGCAGCAGUCGUCACCACACAACCUGCCUACCAUAUCAUCGCAUCUCCGGGGCUAUCAGGAUGCCAAUCCUACAUCACAGACACGGCCUGUGGCCGUUGUAAUUGACUCGCAGGGCAGCCGGGCGAUUUCCCCAGCCGAGGACUCAGAGGAAGGCGACAGCGACCCGUCCGAGAGCCGGUCGACGGGGCGAGAUGCAGCAAUGGACGACGCCCCCAGCGACCCAGACUACGCGCCUACGCCUGCUGCCACUACUGCUGUUGCGAGUAUCGAGCACCCGGCGAGCCUGGCCGCUACCAGCGUAGCGGCCCUGGUGAGUGCUACGGCGACGAGCACGCCCGCCACGCCUAUCAGCAACCAAGCUGCGCUGCGGAACAUGCGCGGGGGCGAUGGGCCGGACGAAGGGACGGGAGACGCCAGUGGGCGGAAACACGGCAAACGGCUGACGACGAAGGAAGAAGUGUGCCUGUUUCAGAUCUGUAACCGGCACAUGGCAGACUUUGGGCACCGCAGCACGCUGUGUAAAUGGUGGCAGACGGUGACGGACGAGUUCACCCGCGAGCAGGGCCAUCCGUACUCAUGGCACUCGGUACGGCGCAAGGUGGAAGUGGUAACGAAGCAGCGGAUCAAGUUUCUGGAUGACCGGGCCGCCAAUUCCGGCGGCGACACAAGUGCCAACGACGACUUUUCCAACCCGCAAUGGCGCGAGGCCGUCGACGCAUGGGUCCCGACGUGGCGGCGGUGGGAGGAGGCCGAAGCCCGCCGCAUCGAGCGACGCGACUCGCGACGGCCCCGGAAGCGCAAGGAAGGACCCUGGGAUCCCUGGCAGGUAUCCUCGGUCACGGCGGAGGGUGGAUGGAGGCACCCUUCUUCGCCCGUGACGAGGACGGAGGGCACCACCACAACGACAACCACAGCCACAAACACAAACACAAAUACAAAUACCACCGCCCCAACACUGAGUCCUCAACAUGCCACUCUUUCACAACCUUCAUCCCCCUCGAUCCGGUUACCGCCAGGGUACGGCUCUCUGUUUGGUGCUCAGUCGCAACAACCACCCGCGCGGCCCGUCCAGUACUCAUCAUCAUCAUCUUCGACUCAACCGGCCGGCCCGACGACCGAUUCGACCGUCAUGACCGCCGUGCUGGAAACGUUGACGCGGCUGAACAAACAUCUAGACAAUAACCCGGAGAGCAACUCGUUACUAAGUCUGAUGCAGCCGUCUGAACCAGCAAAUACAGCAGUGCAAAACGAUACAACCGCAAACACAAAUGCAAAUGAAAAUACAACUACAACCCCCCAGCCAGAUCUGCAACAACUCAAAGACGAGAUUCGCCGCGAGGUAAUCAACCAACUCAGGCGGGAAAUGGAGCAGGAGCGCACCGCUCUCGAGGAACGGCUAGAUUCCGUACAACGGACGCAGGAGAUGAUUCUCGAGAUGCUCAGACAGGAGCCGUGAAUCUUUUACUGUUCUCCUGCUUUAGCUUGACGGGUAUAGUGACAUAAUUUAGUUGCCUAGAUAGGUACCUAGGUAAGAGAUUAGUUCUGUACCAAUUGAUACCCAUACGGAUUGCUCUAUUCAAG